AUGGCGGAAACAGCAGCAUGCUGGGAGGAGGAGGAGGAGCUGGAGGAGCUGGAGGAGCUGGAAAUGCAGCAGGGUAUGGUGGAGGAGGGAGCCUUGGUGGAGGACUCGGAGGUGGAGGACUUGGUGGUGCGGGUACGUACGGUGGCACAUCGUCAGCUUGCCGAAUAUGCGUCGUCAAGGUUGAAAGACGAAGAGGCGAAGGCGGAGAUUGAGAGGCUGAACAAUGCGCUAAGGCAGUCCCAGGCCAGGGCCUCGGAGGACGUCAGGAGAGAGCAGGAGAGGCUGGGCGCUGCUUUGAGGCAGACAGAGUCAAGUGCUGAACACCAGCUCCGAACCUUAAGAGACGCUGUGAAGAGAAGGGACGAGGAAUACAGGAGGAUGUGGGCUGAGGCCAUGCAGCGAAGAGACGACGAGUACCGAAGGAUGUGGUCGGACGAGAAGAUCAGAAUCCAGCAAGUCGUCGACGAGUACCGCCGUCGGACGGACCAGGAUGUUGCUAGGCUGCAGGAGGUGGUGGAUGAGUUCCGCAGGAGAUGCACGGAGGAGGGCAACCUCCUGAAGCAGAUGCUCGAACGCAGCGACGCAGCUGCGAGCCUGACCACCGCACCCCUUCCCAACGGCAUGACCAACCUCCCUGGUUAUGGAACAACUUCGGUGCUCAAGAACAGCACUGCCAUCUAA